AGGAAAGAGUCUCCGAUGGACUUACACCGAGCAGCCUUCAAGAUGGAAAACUCCUCCUACCUUCCCAAUCCUCUGGCAUCUCCAGCCCUCAUGGUUCUUGCUUCCACUGCUGAAGCCAGCCGUGAUGCUUCCAUCCCUUGCCAACAGCCGAGGCCCUUUGGCGUCCCUGUGUCAGUGGACAAGGAUGUUCACAUCCCAUUCACUAAUGGCUCCUAUACUUUUGCCUCCAUGUAUCACCGACAAGGUGGGGUGCCAGGAGCAUUCACCAACCGUGAUUUUCCACCUUCCUUGCUUCAUCUCCACCCCCAGUUUGCUCCCCCCAAUCUGGACUGCACCCCAAUAAGUAUGCUGAACCACAGUGGUGUUGGGGCCUUCCGUCCCUUUGCCUCCACUGAGGACAGGGAAAGUUACCAGUCAGCUUUUACGCCUGCCAAACGCCUGAAGAACUGCCAUGAUACUGACUCUCCCCACCUUCGCUUCUCAGACGCUGAUGGCAAGGAGUAUGAGUUUGGAGCCCAGCUCCCAUCAGGCUCCCCUGGCUCCCUCAAAGUCGAUGACACAGGGAAAAAGAUCUUUGCCGUUUCUGGCCUCAUUUCAGAUCGGGAGACCUCAUCUAGCCCUGAGGACCGAAACGAUAGAUAUAGAAGCGACAGCCAAGGAGGGCCGCCAGCGUCUGCAGGGGCCAGCCAGCGCAUGGCAUUAACUUUCCCUCUCUGCAAAAAGAAAGCAACACUUUUCGACAGCCAGGCUCCCAUCUGCCCCAUUUGUCAGGUCUUGCUUCGUCCAGGUGAACUGCAAGAGCAUAUGGAGCAGGAGCUGGAGAAGUUAACACAGCUCAACAUCAGUAAGAACACUAUAUUGAAGGAUGUUAUGGCCCCAGGCACCCCCAAGUCAAUUUUGUUGUCAGCCUCAAUCAAGCGGGAAGGAGAUUCUCCCACAGCAUCACCUCACUCUUCAGAUGAUAUCCAUCAUUCAGACAGAUACCAGACUUUUCUUCGAGUGAGAGCAAACAGACAGACUCGGCUGAAUGCUCGGAUUGGGAAAAUGAAACGGAGGAAGCAAGACGAAGGGCAGGUAUGUCCCCUCUGCAGCCAGCCUCUCUCAGGAUCCGAGGAGGAGAGGAGUAGGCAUGUCGAACAAUGCCUUGCAAAGAGGGAAGGUUCAUGCAUGAUAGAGGAUGACUCUGUGGACAUUGAGAAUGAGAGUGGUAAUCGCUUUGAAGAGUAUGAAUGGUGUGGACAGAAGAGGAUACGUGCCACCACCCUACUGGAAGGGGGAUUCCGAGGAUCCGGAUUCGUCAUGUGCAGUGGUAAGGAGAAUCCAGACAGUGAUGCUGACCUUGAUGUGGAUGGAGACGACACACUGGAAUAUGGGAAACCACAAUACACAGAAGCAGAUAUCAUUCCAUGUACUGGGGAAGAACCAGGGGAAGCUAAAGAGAGAGAGGCGCUUCGAGGUGCUGUAUUAAAUGGUGGCACGCCUAGUACUCGAAUAACACCAGAAUUCUCUAAGUGGGCAAGUGAUGAAAUGCCAUCAACAAGUAAUGGCGAAAGCAGUAAACAGGAGCCCAUGCAAAAGACCUGCAAGAACAGUGACAUAGAAAAGAUUACAGAAGAUUCAGCAGUGACAACAUUUGAAGCGCUAAAGGCUCGCGUCCGUGAAUUAGAAAGGCAGCUCUCCCGUGGGGACCGCUAUAAAUGUCUCAUUUGCAUGGACUCAUACACGAUGCCCCUGACCUCAAUUCAGUGCUGGCAUGUGCACUGUGAGGAAUGCUGGCUGCGGACUUUGGGUGCCAAGAAGCUGUGCCCUCAGUGCAACACCAUCACCUCUCCAGGGGACCUAAGGCGCAUCUACUUAUGAAGGAUAUGGCUGCUCAGACCAGAUUGCCGUACCAUGGGGAUUGGGGGAACUGGAACAGCAGCAGCAGCAGCAGCAGCAAGAGACAUUUACAAACAAACUAGAGACUCCAAAUGUGGACUAGAGGCUGAAGGAGCCACACAAUGCCUCUGCUUCCAAACUUGUCACUGGCACCGCCGACUCCACAGAAAGGCCAAACCAGAAUCUUUCUUGUGACCCCCCUCACACACGUAUACAAACGGAUGUUCUGCACCUGUCCCAUGUCGCCAUGAGUUGGGUCGCAGGCCUUUUCAGGGGCAUGUCUGGGAAGCCAAACCACUCUGCGAGCCAACCUGAGAAGGGACUGGAUCUGCCACAGCAGGAACUCUCCUAAGUUGUGACUUGUGUUCUUUUUCCCCUUCUUUUUUUGUGGUGGUCUAGUGGUCUGAAAAACAAAAUGCCUGCACCCACACUUCCACAAAGGCAGAAUGAAGCACAUGUAAUAUAAAUUCUAUAUGUUUACAAUGUUGUGUAUAAAUGGGAUAGACUCCAACAUUACAUACUAAUAUGUUGCCCUUUUGUUUUUAAUUUGGUUUUGGGUUGUACUUUUUUUAAAAAAGAGAAAAAAUAAGCAGAGAACAUUAAACUCAUAUUUUUCUUGGUUCUGCAAAGUUUUGACAUUAAAGUCAUUAGUUUAAAAGAAGUAUAAAUAUAUAUAUAUUAUACAUAUAUAUAAUAUAAAUGGUUUAAUGUUCUGUGGUGUAUAUUUCCUCAUUCAGAUAUAAAAUUAACAGCUUCUAGUGAUGGCUGUAGUACUGCCCGUAACUUACACAACUUCUGGGAGAAGUUGGGAAAACGAUUUCUGUCAUUAGUUGUAGCUAAUGAGGCUAUUUAUAUAGAAUCUUUAUCCCACUGAAACGGUCUUCAAUUUUUCCCUGAAGGGAAAGGAAGAAGUGUGCAAAUCAGGCUUGCAAGUUUUUACUAAUGCCAGUUGGAAACAGGACAAGUUUACAUGAAGCAGAAGAAAAGGGGGUCAUCUUUGCCUACUGCAUUUGGCAUUAUGGGAUGUAGCUUCACUCUGGCCAGUAGUUUUCUAUUGAGAAGGCUGAAGCCAUCUUUUGUUUGAACAUACUGCAGUCACAAGCUUCUGAGCCAGUAAGUACUGCUCUGGUUUGUAGCUUCUCCUAGGCCCAUAAAAUUAAGUACAGAGAAGCAAUUUAGAAGUGCCCUCAGUCCAGUCAUCCUAUGAGUAAACAGGAAGUAACCUUCAGUCUUACUCUAUUUCUCUGGUCAAGCAAAUCCUUUUCUAUCAGUUUGGCAUAGUUCUAUGCCUAGACAGCCACUGGCACUGCUGGUGUGCACUGCUCUGAAAUGCUGCUCUGUGUAACGUCCCAACUCUUUCAUAGGUUCAAUUCUAAAAACAUACUUCAUUUUUAAAGAAUGUUUGUAUGUGCUAGCCUGUAGUGACAUGGGUUUUGUUGCCUCCUACUAUCUCUCUUGCUCAGAUUGUAACAGUGGUAGAACUCAGUCCAGGUUUAUGUGAGAUUGGGCUCAUUGAAGCCCUCUCCAGCCAUUUGCACAGUCGUCCUAACAGCAACCCUUACUUGGUCCCCUGUUCUGCAAUUUGCAAACUGUCCCCAGCUGUGGCCCCCAUGCAGUCUAUCAUAAGUCUUGCCCCAAUCAAAACCAAAACAUGAAAUUUCCAGACACACUCACAAACAAGCCUCCUUCAGUCCAUCUACAAAAAGGUUUGCAAUGUUGCUGGGUCUCUGCAAACGGAAACUAGGAGUUUAUUUGGCAUUGACAAGAGCUGGUUUUGCUAAGCAAAGAUGCCUGUCAUUAACUGCGUUUUAAGAAGGGGAUAGUGGGUGAAAUACAUUUUUCCUCUAGCUAAUUCAGUUUAAUACCUCCAAUUUAUGUUCUAAAGCAUAAGACCAGUGAGAGUCACGUUGGUGUCAAAAGAAACAGUUUUAUAUGGAUCAGAUUUAUACCACAGUGCUGUAAGUUUAUCUUACAGUACAGGGUUCUAUAUUCCUUCCUACGUAGGUAUAGCCAUUAUUAUUAAAAUCUUGCUUUUUGACUUGUCAAGAAUCCUCAUGAAAUACUAAUGUCUUAUGGAGAAUAGCUUCAAGCUCCUAGACAAUUCUAAACUUCCAUUGUUCCCAAAUGGUUAACUCCUGAACCACUAUUUUUUUCAUAUAGCCUCAAGUGGCUAAGCCAUCUGACUAUAUUGUAGUUUAAAAAUAAGUGUUCCUGCUGCUGGCAUCUAGGCAGUGAGACCAAGGAGAAAGAGCCUGGGGGCGGGGGGUUGUUGCUUUUUUAAACAAAAGGCUUAUGUGGCAUCGUAACAGCAGCAGCCAUUUUCAAUAAGCCAUUUAUUCAUAUCAUGGAGUCCUCCACUGGUAUAGCACUUAACUUCCUAAAGGCAAGUGGUCUGAAGUGUGUCAUAGCAAGGAUGUCUGCCCACACUCAACCCUGCUUGCCCCAGUACAAUCACGCAAUCACGGUGGGAAUAUUCAGUACAAAGGAGCACAUCACCCUGAAAUGUUUGAGAGUAGGCCGUGCUAAGAGAGUUCAUUUUUCAUAUCCCAGUAAGUUGGGAACAAAGAGCUUUCUCUGGUCCUAUGGACCACCACUAAACUAAAUGCAUAUCCGUAAAGCCACACACAGACAAUAAGUUUUAUUUUAUCAUUAAUCUGUCCCUGUUGUUUUUCCUCAAAGGGGUAGGGAGGAGAAAUAAGAUCUGAAGGGAAAGAAGAUGCAAGGGACUGGCUUGGUCCUUUGUGCAAGGCUCGGUUCACAGCACUGAACAACCACAUUCUUCUUUUCUACUAUGAGCUUUGAAACUAAGCAAACUAUCUUUGCCCAAAGAUUCCCAGCUGCACAAGGUGAUAUUCAAGUUGUGUCUAUGAGUGUGUGUCCGUGUAUAUUCUAUAAAAAGGUACUUGUCAUUCCCGUUUGUAAACCACAUUUGACAUUAAUUAAAUGAGUAUAAAAUCU